AUGGCGUUCAACGGGAAGGCCCCGUACGCCCCGGAGUACGCAUCCUACAACUGGAUUGGAGCUCCUUCCAACUACGAGCUUUCCACCAAUGCAGACCUCGGUGGUGAUUCCCGCACUGAAAAUGUGAACAAAUGGUUCCAAUCCGGUGACCAGGCCUACAUCAUCGUGGCCUCUGCCAUGGUCAUGGUCAUGAUUCCCGGUCUCGGUUUCCUGUACUCGGGGUUGGCCCGCCGAAAGUCUGCCCUGAGUAUGAUUUGGGCUUGUAUGGCUUCCUUGUCCGUGAUUACUUUCCAGUGGUAUUUCUGGGGCUACUCACUUGCUUUCUCGCCGACCGCCACCAAUGGGUAUAUCGGCAACCUGCGCAACUUCGGUUUAAGGAACACUCUGGCUGAUCCUAGCCCCGGUUCGCCUCUCGUCCCUAACUUGCUAUAUGCUUUCUAUCAGAUGCAAUUCUGUGGUGUCACUGCAGCUAUCGUGAUGGGAGCUGUUGCCGAACGCGGUCGGCUUCUUCCUGCUAUGGUUUUCACUUUCAUCUGGGCGACUAUUGUGUACUGCCCUCUGGCCUGCUGGGCCUGGAACGUCAACGGUUGGGCCUUCAAGUACGGUGUUAUGGACUACGCCGGUGGAGGUCCCGUCGAAAUUGGAUCUGGAUUCACAGCUUUGGCCUAUUCGAUGGUCCUCGGUCGCCGCCAAGAACGCAUGAUGCUCAAUUUCCGCCCUCACAACGUCUCCCUUAUUCUUCUCGGCACGGUUUUCCUCUGGUUCGGCUGGCUCGGAUUCAACGGUGGCUCUUCUUUCGGUGCUAACCUGCGUGCAACCAUGGCUUCCUGGAACACCAACCUGACCGCUGCCUUUGCGGCCAUCACUUGGGUUCUGCUCGAUUGGCGUCUGGCUCGCAAGUGGUCUAUGGUCGGCUGGUGUUCCGGUACCAUUUCCGGAUUGGUUGCUGCAACUCCCGCCUCUGGAUUCAUCUCUCCCUGGGCCAGUGUGAUCCUCGGCGUGGUCACCGGAAUCGUUUGCAAUUAUUCGACCAAGAUCAAGUACUGGAUCCGCAUUGACGACUCUAUGGAUGUGUUGGCCGAGCACGGUAUUGCCGGUAUUGUCGGUUUGAUCUUCAACGCCUUUUUCGGUGACGACGCCAUCACUGGCCUGGACGGUGUCAACACCGGCACCGGUGUCGGAGGCUGGGUCAUCCACAACUACAAGCAGCUAUACAUUCAGAUCGCGUACAUUGUGGCGACAGCCAGCUACGCCUUCGUCAUGUCCGCCAUCAUCGCAUACGCCAUCAACGCCAUUCCAGGCUUGAAUCUGCGCGCCUCCGAGGAAGCUGAGCUCCUGGGUAUGGACGACGAUCAGCUGGGUGAGUUCGCCUACGACUACGUCGAGGUCCGCCGUGACUACCUCGCCUGGACCCCUCAGAACCACGACCAGCUCGAAGACGGCCACCAGAUCCCCGCCGCUCAGCGCUACGGCAUCGGCGAGCACAGCGAGAUGAUGCUCGGCACUCCCCCGCGUGAGAUGAUGCUCGAGGGCCAUUCGCCCAACGGCGAGAUCAGCCAGAGCAGCCGCGGCGGUAGCGAAGGUGAUAUGGUCCACGAGGUUAAGAUGGCCCCUGCUCCGCGGCAGGUCUCCGAGCACAACCCUCCCAAUACACAGCAGGUCCAUGCACCACCUGCUGUGCUGAGACCGGUCAACGAGAAGACAGAGAACUAA